UGUUUAUUUGUUCGUGUUGUACUGCUUUAGGUUUUAUUUCCCCCGUUUCGUACCCCAUCGUAUCUGAAGUUUAGUAAAUGCUAAUGUUGCACGCUCAUUGACUUUCUAGGCCACUGACUCUAGGUCAGGCUAUCUACGCCAAAUAUAGAUCCUAGUUCAUUCAUAAACCUGUGUCAGAGGCGGGGCUACAUUAAUUAUGUAGAUGAGGUGAAUGCUGAUUGGCUAAUGCCUGUAUACUAUCAGCAGCGAUUGAAUUGGUUGAGCGUGUCAGGUAAAAUUUCAUUCAUAAAAUCUACAUCUGUUUAAAUUUGGAGGGAAGCAAUUUUCCCAGGGGUUGUAAAGUGGAUACUCAUUCAUAAAAAUUGGAGAGAGAAAAAAAAAGUUGGUGAUCAUGUAAAACGUUGCACAAGUGGCUCUGUGAAUGCUACUAAAUGGUUGUUGGAUUGAAAUGAGUUAGAAAAUUACAAUUAAAAGUUUGAAAUACAUUACAGAAGGAGUUUUUGAAAACUUGUACAUGAAUGGGAAAAAAAAAGUUUUUUUUUGAAGUAUAAAUGCCAUGAUAUGUGCUACCUGUUACAUGUGAUGGACUGCACGUCUUUUGUGAUAAGGUGGAAUAUUCUCAGUGUAGAGCAGAAGAUUGACAUGUAUAAUAUGUUCUGAUCGUAAACAGCUGAUGUGGAGGGGGAUAGAAAAUCUUGGUUAAUAUAUAUUUCUGCCGUAUUUUAAUUGCUCUAUUAAGCUAAUUGGCGAGCUGCUGUUUGGAUAAAACAUAGAAUAUCAGUAGGAGUAAAGCUUUAUGGCCAUAAGCUUAAAGAAAAAUUCACAUGUGUGUUAUUAUAUGUUGGGCCUAAUUAUCGCCCUGACACUUAAACUAAUGUAAGUAAAGCUUUCUAAUUUAUUAUUUAAUCAAAAUAGUUAGGAGAUGACGUUUUUUGAGAAAGAGAUAAAAUAAUAAAGUUAUCGUCUUAUGAUCGGAGAGCGGAAAAAAUUGCAAAAGUUUGAUAAAAGAUAAACACAGCUGUGAUAUACCAGGACUUGAAUUUUAACAUGACUUUAUGGAGAAUUUAAACAGUGUAAGACAAAAGUAUCUUUUGUGAUGUGCUUUGCAAGAAAAAGGAUGUAAUUAGAAAACGAGACACAGAGUUAAAGAACAAGAGUUAACAUAAAGCUUUAACAAAGGCCAUCUUCUGCUUUCAUAAGAAGGUCCUGGUUUGAAAGUGAACAAAUAUUUAACAAGGAUCUCAUCAUUAAGUGCCAGAUUUCAUGGAAAACAAACUAGUAAUCUGUACAACAAGGGCACAUUAUUUGACAAGAGGAUUAUUUCUAUAUUUUUCUUUUCAUUUUCAACAAUCGCUAAUUGACCAAUCGUUGAGAGAGAUAAAAUGUUGCUAUAGCAACUAGGAUAAGUUAUGCAAAUAGAUGUAAUUUUUGAGAAGAUAAAUGACAGAAGACACUGACUUUUGAUUGGCUGAUGAAAAACACUGAAUAUUAUGAAAUUUAAUUAAGCAGGGAUUACAUAUUCAUCUUUUCAUCUGACUUAAUUGACAAAUCCGUGUAUAGAUAAUAAGACUUUGGUGACUCUUGAACCGUUACUGCAUGGAUCUGUAAAUUAGAUCCAUCACUGUGGAAGUUUUGAAAGUUGAAGUUUUAGAUUGCACAGGAUGUCUCUGUUAUGAAAUUGUACGCUUUUUUUGCGAAGUUCAUUUAAUUUCAAUGAAUGAAGCUUUAAUUUAUCUGUUAAUUGAAAUUCAGCGACAAAACCCCGGUGUGAGAAUUCGAUCUUAGUACUUUUUUGACACACGUUUUUUUGUAUGAAAUAUAAGGAUGCUUGCGACCUUAUUAACUUGAUACAGGAACAUAUGAAGUUGUGUUGAUAAUUUGUGUUGAUAAAUUUUUUGUGUUUGUGCAGUCAUUGUAUACCUGGAGUGCAGCGAUUGGAAGAGUUGCAUGCGAAAUAAUUAUAUUUAUAUUAAUUAUUUAAUUGACAAUUAAUUUAUUUAAUAAAUUGGAACAAUGAUUGAUAUGAUAGCCCAGCCGUCAAUUACUUUAAAGACUCCAUCACCGGUGAUCCGCGGAGUCGGGGCUGCUUGGCACAGUCAUGGGAGGCUCAAACCUCAGCCAAUCAACACGAAGCGAUGUAAUUUACUAGAUGUUCCAGCUACAGCCCAGGUUCCACCUCUGACCCCUGGGACAACUCAGAAAAUGUCUCAGGCCCUUUUAGAAAGCUUUAAAAGCUUCGAGAAAGAUCAACACAGACUUGGCAUUCCUAAAG